AUGAUGUCUGAACAGGCAGUUGGCCGAAUAACUGACUUGGAAUGGAAGGAGAAUAGAAAUUCAGAUUGCAGCAUCGAAGAUGAUGACCUUAUCAACUCAUUACUAGUCAUAUACAAGGAAAAAGGCAAGCACUGGCAGAAAAACCCAACCAGGAAAUUAUUAGAAGCAAUUAAGAAAAAUCAAGUGUGUGGGAGGGUAAGCUGGGAGAAUGUGGUAAGAGAGAUGAAUGGAAUUACGAAGGAACAAGCUAUGGCGAGAUACUAUUACCUACUAAGGAAGCAGAAAAAAGAUGAAAUGUUCUUAAUAGAGAUCAGGCAGUUGCAGAUGAGUAGAUGGCUUACUUCUGGAAAAGGCAUUGCAUAG